ACAUGUGGGCCAGAGGCAGAUAGAAGCCAGAAGCCGUGCGCGAUGGAGGCAAACUGAACCAGUGCAGUAAAGUUGAGUUAUGUAGAUAUUUGCGCAGAAAGAUUUUCCUUUUUUUUCUUCCCCCUCCUCGCCGUGAUGAUCAAACGGGGCCCAUAAAUCUGAGAAGUUGGACGCCUGAAAACUUUGGCCACCGUCCCCACGUGGCCCCCUUGCACAUUUUCUCCCGUGGAACAACUGCAACAUGAAGACUGCCUGUGCGACUUUUGUGCUCCUUUCCAUUUCUGCCCUCUGCUCGGGGAGCGGACCCGAGGGGUGCCGGGGGACGCGCUGCUUCCCAGGCCAGGAGUGGAGCAGCAGACCGUGCGUCGGAGCGCACUGCCAGGGGCGCACGGAGGCGUCCGCUCCCAGAAGGCAACCACACCACGCUGCGCAAUCUAGGACAGGGCAGGUUUAUCCCAGCUACCAGCAAGACGGUCAGUUCCGCCAUCGCCACCAAGCUCAAAGCACCCCGAUAUCCUCCUACAGCGGUGUCCAGAGUCAACACGGAGGCUUUGGAACCGAUGGCACCAGGAGGACGAACCCCAGGACUAUCACGGCGGAGGUGUUUCAUCCCGGCUGCUCCGGUGGGUCUUGUCCGACCACCGUUUCUCAUCGUGGGACCGAUGAUGACAAGGGAGAGUGCAAAGGGAUUGGGUGCAGAUCGCCCCACAGGGCGAGCCAAAAGCAGCAGCAGCAGCAGCAGCAGCAGCAGCAGCAGCAGCAGCAGUGCGUCGGGAGCGGCUGCAGGACGCAUGCUGGAGACGACGGGAGGCAAGACUCUUCUCCCGUUCAAGCGACGGACAGGGCUGCACAGUUUCUCGGCGAGCUCCCGGACUUUGGCUUGGAUCGUGGAGCUUGGAUACAGCUGGCAUGUGACAUGAUGCCAGGGUCCAACGAGGUUCCAUCAGAGGACGCUCUUGUCCUGCAGCUGCAGCUAUCCAAGGGCCAGGAGAGAUUCGUCGAGGCCCUCAGGGGCCAACAGAGCGAGGUCAAGGAACUGCAGAGACUCCUCAGUGAACAGCAGGGGGCGCUCGUUAACCAGCAGAGGGAAAUACUGGAGCAACAGAGGAGGAUGUUCGAUCAGAUGGAGCAAGUAAAAGCCCAGUACAGCGUUUUGAUGGACACCGUCAAGCAGACGUCCUUCCAGAACCUUCAGGAGGAGCUGGACAGUCACAUGGAAACCCUGAGUGGGCAAGUCAGACCCCAUCGAACACAACAAGCUAUGUCAUUGCAUAAAAUGGACAUGGAGGCCAGUGUGAUGGAGGUGAGACAACCCCAGCUGGCCUGUGGGAGCUGCGGUCCGGAGGAGUACUGCAGCUACAGCAGCAGACAUCCUGGCUGUGAAAAGUGCACGGUUUGCCCUCCUGGCUUCUUCCUGGUCGCCCAGUGUUCUGUCCAUGCUGACAGGAUCUGCCAGGACCGAGAUGAAUGUCUUGAAAUAUCAGACUUGUGCAGAGAUAAACAGAAGUGCAUUAACACUCCAGGCGGGUUCAAGUGCCAGGGCAUGACGGUACGUGACGCCAACUCUGGAAUGUGUGGCCAUGGCUACUUCUACAACUCUGAGAUGGAUGAAUGUCAGGCCUGCAACGAGUGCGAUGGGGAACCGGUUGUUUCCCCUUGCACCUUAGUCACAGACGCUGUCUGCUCCGGCUCCGUUACCGAUGUUCCCGCUUUGUCGCUCUCCUGGUCUGGAGACAUAAGUCUGAAGGGUCCAAAAGGCCAGAUCCUGGGUCAGGCCUUCCCCAGCGCGCAGCUUCACAUACAGGGAAGAGACGACAUGGGUCUGGUUUCAGCUGAGGAUGGGCAGCUGGUCCUAAAGCAGCACGGUUUGGUCUGGCUCGACGGAGUUCUGUCGCUUGGUCACGGCUGCCGUAGCUUCAUCCAGGUCUGCCUACGUGUAAAUCACACAGACGGGACCGACGGCCGUGACCUGAGCGGCAUACGGGUGGAGCACCAGGAACGAAGGUCUCUUCAAGGCGUCAGCAUCAGUGGGGUCGCGGAAGUCGCCCCGGGUCACCUUAUGUCCCUGUUUCUUCGGAGCGCCAGCCAUCACUGCAACCAAAGCAGCGAAGGUCUGCAGCUUUACGACACCUCUGCAGCCAUGCUCUCCCUCCUCUGGCUCUCUCACGACACCGGGGCUGUUGCCAUGACAGCACAGGCCGUGGUUUCUGCACAUUACCACACAAAUUACCGCCCGGCCUUCCGCAUCUCCUCCACCUCUGACCCCUACGUAGUGGGGCUGAGUCACGACAGUCGAGGGAUCCGUUUCGCAGAGAACGGAUCUGUGCGUUUUGUGUUCCAGCAAGCAUUGUACUCUAUGGGCCAAGCUUGUGUGAGUGACGGCUUUCAGCUCGUGGCAUAUCUCAACAAAAAUGGAACCUCCACUGAGAUGUUUCGGGUCUUCAAACCAGGGGUUCACUACCGAGACACAUCUAUAUCUCUGUCUGGAGCCGCCACAGUCAGUCCCGGGGAUGCCAUUGGCUUUGAGAUCCUCUCUCCAGCUCAGUGCAAUGUACGCUUCUUUGGCGAUGAGUCUGGCAUCAGUCUUCUCAGUCUAUUUUGGGUCCCUGCUGCCAUCUCAUCCUCUAUGACUGCUUCUGUGGCCAACACUGGCCUUCCAUCUGGAGCAGUACGGAACAAGCCUCUGUUCUUCCACCAGACCAGCCCCCAGGUGCCGCAAAUGGGGCUGUUGGGGAAAGGAUCUCCGAAUCAGAAAAAGGACUUUGUCUUCAGGGAGAGUGGCACAGUCAGUGUGGCGUUGGACUUCAAACUCAUUCACUCCUGCAACUUGGUCAAGGUGACUCUGCUGAGGCGGAGUGACUCUGAAGGGGGCCGUGAAGCAGAGGGUCUGCGGCCUGUACCCAUAGCCCAGCAGGUGGCGGGUCAGAUGCUUGAGGGGUGCCAGUGGGCCAGCUUGAGUCUACGAGCAUCCUUUCAGGUUUAUAAUGGCACCGCUGUCUUCUUCAUCCUAGACUGUGUACGUGGACGAGUCAAUCAAAUCAGUCACCAGGCAGGAAGUGGGGUGUCAGCGGUUUGGGUGGCAGCAUGAUAACAAACAGCCAGAAAGGGCAAAACCUUCCCAUAUUGAUUCUUCCUAUUUGAGUUUAACAAUAAGGCCACAGACAUUCAUAAUCUUACUCAGACGCAUUGUCAUUUAAGGUAAUAAAUGCUAACCCGAAAGUUUCACUUAACAUUUGCAUCAAUACCUCUAAGUUAAAUGACAAAGUUGCUGCACCACAAAAACAGAAAAUAUUAUCAAGUAUUUUAUGUCUCUCAUCCAAAUAUAUUAGUAAAUUUGGAAUAAGACAUAACCAACUUACAAGUAACUUUUCAGCAAGAUCCAGGAACUUGUUUCAUGUCUGUCGUUUCUUAAUAUUGACUUUAAUAAAUACUGGCAGAUUACUUCGCAUAAGACAUUUUCCCCAUGUUAUAUGUAAGAUAAUCUACCUUUUCAUUAAUAUUAAAGAAUUAUUGGCUCAAAACGAGCUCCUAUAUCUUGCUGAAAAUUUACUUGUAAGUUAGUUUUUGUCUUAUUUCAAAUGUGCUAAGAUAUUUGCACUAGAAACUAGACAAACGAAACGUGGCAAAAAUGUUGUGUUUUUGCAGUGUACUCAUUUGGCUCAGUUAGAUGUUUCAUUUGUCACUUUUCUGGUGUGAAUCCCCUCUUUUACUCUGGGAGGUUUUGUACUGGCAAUGCCUCAAUCCACAUCCAGUGGGGAUGUUUCAUUAUUUUCCUAUAUUGUAAUCAUAAUCUAGUACUCUAAGAACAAAAAAUUAUAUGACUCAAAUAAAUACAUCUGUUAGCAGGAGGUGAAUCUAGUGGAAUUGGCUUCAAUUUUAACUCCUAUCAUGGCUAUUUAUUGCAUAAAGCUUCCAGCCAUCCAUUCAUCAAUUAGCUAUUACCAAGCAGAACCUGGAGCGAAUCUAAGGAUGCAAAGGGAGAACAGGUAAGCUUCAUAGAAAGAGACUCCAAGCUAGAAUUCAAACCCAGGAUGUCGCUGUCGAUCACAAGCAUGAUUGACAGCACUAAGAUGCUCCUCCUGGCUCUGAUUGGUUGUUUUUGACCGGAGCAGUGCGUUUCUUCAGACGGCAAUAGCAGCACCGGCAUGAGAUGGAGGAACUUGAGCUUUUCACAGCUCAUCUGUCUAAGCUUAUACUGUCGCAUCAAAAUGAUCAUUUUAACAAAUAUGUGUAAAAAAAACCCAAAUAUUUUCACCUUCCUAAAAAUAAUGGACAGAGUCUUUUUUUUUUGGUGCCAAAACUGAUUUUUUUUUUUUCUUUUUUUGCUUAAAUCACUUAUUGGCAAAAAAUGAUGUUGGCUAUUAUUUUAAGAAGGUGAAAAUACUUUUAUGAGUUACAUAAACCAGCUUCAAAGUAAACUUCCUACCACUCCAACUAUUCAUAUUAAUUUAAUUUUACAUGCAGUUUUAAAGCUGGUUGAUCAGCUAUUAAACUGAGUGGCCUACAGUCUCACAAUUAUUAAUCCAACAACGUCAAGGCCUUUAAACUGGAUGUUGCUCACGCUGAAGUAUGCGGUGGAACAUAAAUCAUUGAAACUAGAGCGUCUGUACUUCGUCAGCAGUAAGCACCAUACUGUUCACCCCCCCCCAGCACAAAGUCAGAGUUCAUCGCCCCGCUGAAGUUCAAAGGACACAGCAAAAGCCCGCUGUUUCCUCCGUACCGUUUCAUUCUGCCGCUGUGUAGCAGACGCUCCCAGAGUUUUUCUCAUCUGGAAAAUAUCUUGUAAAUAUCGCCUACUGAUGGCAAAACAAAGAAAUUACAUUUCUCUUAAUUUUUUUUUUCUUCCAUAAGCUGCUUGAUGAUGUAGUCAGCUACAAUUUACUUUUUAAAAUCUGUUUAGAUGAACUACAGGAUAUUUAAUGAAACAGAAUUGAUCUUUUAUAUAAUGGAAAACCAGUGGUUUAUUUGUACAUAGUUAUUGUUCACUUAUUCCCAUAAGACAGUCUUUCAAGCUUCAGCUUUCUGUUCUAAAUUGUCUUCAGCUUGCAUGUUUUUAGUUGCUGUUUCUUUUUGUAUAUUUAAGUAAUUCAGACAGCCUACUCUUGUUAUGCCAAAGGGCCUCCAGAUAACUCCAGUUGUUUAACACUAGUUUCUAUUCAUUUUAAGGGCAUGUGUUUUACAUUAGAUGCCAGUCUUGUUGCUGUGAGUGUACUGUACCAAUAAUGCAGAGUUUGGCUUAAAUAUGAAGAGAAAGAAAGACUGAGGCCAUGUAAAAACAAACAGCCUAUUUAAAACGGACAGUGACGUGUAUAUUUGAUGUUUUGCUGUUAACGCAAUAAAAAUAUUUGUCAUCAGA